AUGUCUGAUGUCCUUGCAGGUGUCACCUUGCAGAGCAUUCCCCAGGACAGGCUGAUCCACUUUGGGUCAGUCACAGCUUCUGGCAGUGCGCUUGCUCGGCUGGAAGUGCAAGAGGUCAUGCUCUUGUCAGCUGACUGGCAGACCAGCGGCUUCUCAAUACCAGUGUGCGGGGUGGAUGAAAUAGGCUGCCUGGCAUCCUCCCCAGAUGCCAGCGUGCAGUAUGAGGAUGUCAAGAUCCUCAACCUGCACUUCCAUGCAAACUCUGAGCACACCGUGACAGGGGCUUCCUAUGCAGCAGAGGCCCACCUGGUGACCAAUGUGACUGUCAAUGGCAGCCAGCGCCUUGUGGUGUUUGGGAUUCGGAUGGAUGUGGCCGGGGAUGAGACCAAUGAUUUCUUCACCGGCUUGCAGCCAUACAUCGAUGCAACCACAGGCCCUACAAAUCAGCUGUGCAAUGUGUUUGGCGCCCGCACCAACAACCGCGUGCUGCAGCCCCUGAAUGGCCGCAGCGUCCACAUAGGAAGCACAGCCAUCCUGUAG